GACAGGCGGUACCUCCGGCGGGCUGCGGCGGCGGCCCGAGCGCCCCCUCGUCGCGGUGCCCUGGGCUCGCGCGGAAUCGUGCGUCCUCCCGCCUUGUCCCUGAAGGGAAGGAGCCGAGGUAGCCUGAGCCCGAGCCUUCGCGGCGCCCCGUCCCUCCGCCGCCGCACCCAGCCUGAGCGCGAGAAGAGAGCGCAGGAGCCCGAGCCGCGGGCGGCGGGCAGGCAGCGAAGAUGGCAGAGGCACCAGCCUCCCCGGUCCCGCUCUCUCCGCUCGAAGUGGAGCUGGACCCAGAAUUCGAGCCCCAGAGUCGGCCACGCUCCUGUACGUGGCCCUUACAGAGGCCGGAGCUGCAGGCUAGCCCAGCCAAGCCCUCGGGGGAGACGGCCGCAGACUCCAUGAUCCCCGAGGAGGACGACGAUGAAGACGACGAGGACAGCGGCGGCCGAGCCAGCUCGGCCAUGGUGAUCGGUGGCGGUGUGAGCAGCACGCUGGGCUCCGGGCUGCUGCUCGAGGAUUCGGCCAGGUUGCUGGCUCCGGGAGGGCAGGACCUCGGGACCGGGCCAGCGCCCGCCGCAGGCGCGCUAAGCGGGGGCACGCAGACGCCACUGCAGCCUCAGCAGCCACUGCCACCGCUGCAGCCGGGGGCGGCUGGGGGCUCUGGGCAACCGAGGAAAUGCUCCUCGCGACGGAAUGCCUGGGGGAACCUGUCCUACGCCGACCUGAUCACCCGCGCCAUCGAGAGCUCCCCGGACAAACGGCUCACUUUGUCUCAGAUCUACGAGUGGAUGGUGCGCUGUGUGCCCUACUUCAAGGAUAAGGGCGACAGCAACAGCUCUGCGGGCUGGAAGAACUCUAUCCGGCACAACCUGUCGCUGCACAGCCGGUUCAUGCGGGUUCAGAAUGAGGGGACUGGCAAGAGCUCCUGGUGGAUCAUCAACCCUGAUGGCGGCAAGAGUGGGAAGGCCCCCCGGCGACGGGCUGUUUCCAUGGACAACAGCAACAAGUACACCAAGAGCCGUGGCCGUGCCGCCAAGAAGAAGGCGGCCCUGCAGGCUGCCCCGGAGUCAGCAGAUGACAGUCCUUCCCAGCUCCCCAAGUGGCCUGGCAGCCCCACGUCCCGCAGCAGCGACGAGCUGGAUGCGUGGACCGACUUCCGCUCACGCACCAACUCCAACGCCAGCACAGUUAGUGGCCGCCUGUCCCCCAUCCUGGCAGGCACGGAGCUGGACGAAGCCCAGGACGAUGAGCCCCCACUCUCCCCGAUGCUCUACAGCAGCUCCGCCAGCCUGUCGCCUUCCGUGAGCAAGCCGUGCACCGUGGAGCUCCCACGGCUGACCGACAUGGCGGGCACCAUGAACCUGAAUGAUGGGCUGGCUGACAACCUCAUGGACGACCUGCUGGAUAACAUCACGCUCCCGCCAUCCCAGCCAUCGCCUCCUGGGGGGUUGAUGCAGCGGAGCUCCAGCUUUCCGUAUCCCGCCAAGAGCUCUGGCCUGGGCUCCCCAACCAGCUCCUUCAACAGCACUGUGUUCGGCCCUUCGUCUCUGAACUCCUUGCGCCAGUCGCCCAUGCAGACCAUCCAAGAGAACAAGGCAGCCACCUUUUCUUCCAUGUCACACUAUGGCAACCAGACACUCCAAGACCUGCUCACUUCAGACUCCCUCAGCCACAGCGAUGUCAUGAUGACCCAGUCAGACCCCUUGAUGUCUCAAGCUAGCACUGCUGUGUCUGCUCAGAAUGCCCGCCGGAACGUGAUGCUUCGCAGCGACCCAAUGAUGUCCUUUGCUGCGCAGCCUACCCAGGGGACUUUGGUCAGUCAGAACUUGCUCCACCACCAGCACCAAACCCAGGGCGCUCUUGGUGGCAGCCGUGCCUUGUCAGAUUCUGUCAGCAGCAUGGGCUUGAGUGACUCCAGCAGCCUCGGGUCAGCCAAACACCAGCAGCCGUCUCCAGUCAGCCAGUCUAUGCAAACCCUCUCGGACUCUCUCUCAGGCUCCCCCUCACUGUACUCAGCUAGCGCGAACCUUCCUGUCAUGGGCCACGACAGGUUCCCCAGUGACUUGGACCUGGACAUGUUCAAUGGGAGCUUGGAGUGCGACAUGGAGUCCAUUAUUCGUAGUGAACUCAUGGACGCCGAGGGGCUGGACUUUAACUUUGAUUCCCUCAUCUCCACACAGAGCGUUGUCGGUUUGAACGUGGGGAGCUUCUCUGGUGCUAAGCAGGCCUCAUCUCAGAGCUGGGUGCCAGGCUGAAGGAUCACUGAGGAAAAGGGAAGUGGGCAAAGCAGACCCUCAAACUGACAGGAAGACCUACGGAGAAAACCCUUUGCCAAAUCUGCUCUCAGCAAGUGGACAGUGAUACCGUUUACAGCUUGACAACUUUGUGAAUCCCACGCCAUUUUCCUAACCCAGCAGAGACUGUUAGCAGCCCUGGCCCUGGGUGAAGCCCUUACCCGUGGAACAGAACUCUGUACCGUAUGCAAAAUCUAACUCAUCUGCAAGUGACCUGCCAGCGAGGACAGCACCCGUCAGCACCACCCACUCUCCUCCAGAGCACACCGGGGGAGCCCCAUUGGCGAUUCUG